UCUUGAUCGUAAGCAAUGCUAACAGUACGUGAGUACCGGAUCAGCGACCCUCAGGCUUGCACCCAGCUUGGACCCGAACGGCCAUGACAAAAACCUGUUCAGCUUGCAGGAGCCGCAAAGUGCGCUGCGACGGCAUCAGCCCAGUCUGCGGACCGUGUUCAAACGCUCGCAGGCCCAUCGAAUGCGCCUACGUGGACACAGCCCCGGCCCAGCCCAAAGGCCCCUUGCUUCAGAAAGGAAACGCAUGCCUUGCCUGCCGGCGAAAGAAGAAGAAAUGCGACGCUAAGCGACCCUACUGUACGACAUGCGAAGUUGCUGGGAAGCAGCAGGGAUGUCUCUACGAAGAUAAUGUUCAGCGUCAUUUAACAGAGGCGCUCAUGGCACGUACACGGGAACUGGAGACUCGCCUAGCUAUCUAUGAGGGACAGUCUCAGGGAUCGUCUCCAGACCAACCAAGAAAUAACAUUCAGGCUGACGAUAUCAUGACAUCGUCCCUUCCUCCGUCCUCACAGCUUCUACUCGUACCGGAUGAGAGCAGCGUGCUCGACAUCGCAUAUCCAGAUAUCAUAUCGAACCUAGGGGCAUCUUCAAGUUAUACCCUCAAUACUGCUGAACACUUCAGACCGUCGAACGGAAGUGCUUCGUCUCAUUCAACCUCUUCCAGUCAAUCUCUAGUUUCUUUGCAGGAGCUGAGCGAUUACCGUGCCACUUUCCUCGCUCACCACUGUCAGCUCGGUGUCAGCUUGACAGAGGCGAAACUGCAGGCCAUCGCCAGCGGAGACGUUUCGGGCACGCACGUCCACCCAGUGCUAGUCUAUACCGCGCAAGUUAUCGGCUGCUGCUUCUGGCAGCUGCAAUACCGAAUUACCUUGAACAGCGCAGUGGAGACAACGCAGCUUGAGCUCAUCAAGCGGGCCAUGCUCGACGCACCGCCUCCAAUUGCGCGGCUGCAAGUACACUGCAUCCUGGCAAUCUACUUCCUCCUCAAGCGGCAGAUGCCCGAACGCCGGGAGCAGCUCUUGAAGGCCGCGCAGGUCACCUUGCAUAACAAUCUAAGAUUCGAUACUCACACGGCGGAGGCCUUUGCUACCCUCGAAAAUACUCUCAACGAAGCGCAGGAGCAAAUUUGCGCGCUGAGCCAGUUCUUGUACCUCGACAAAGCUGCUGGGAUGGUGCUCAACGACCCCUCAUUACUGACCGAAGAUUACGACCGACAAUUCCACACCUUACCGUACAUGUUCCCGUACAUGACCAAGAACAACUUAGUCGUCCUGCGUGCUAGGAGCCUCGCGCUCCUCCAGGAAAGUCGUCGGCUUGCAGCGAGAUGGACCGAAAUCGUUGUGAACCUGGGGACCUUCGAUCCGCAGGCGACGCUCGACGAACAGACCAAGUGGUACGACGACUAUUGGGGCCGCCUAGAGGAGGUGCUCGAGCACAACUCAACGCUCACUGUGAGCACGCUGAAGUCAAGCUUUGCUGGGCAUAGGCAGUUGGCGUUGGCGCUCAAGAUGUCCACAAUUUUGUCGCUGACGGCGGCCGCGGAGUUGCACCGAGUGUUGGCAAGACAUCAUCCGAACUCCCGUGCGAAGUGUCUGAGCACUGUUCUUGAGAUUGUCGGCAUCACGAAGGAGUUGCGUGACGAUGAUUAUCACUUCUUGGACCCAAUCUUGGGUCCGUGCUGGUCUAUGGUCGCUGCGAUGCUUGAGGAACAGCGACCACACGUCGAGGAACAUGCACAGCUGAAGACGUCCUAUAACAUCAUCCUCAGUUCCGCGAACAAGCUUGGGCUCGCAUUGCCCUACAUGGAACAUUCGUUGGCCAACAUCUCCAACGUCGCUCCUGCAUGUGAUGACAGCCAGAUGCAGCCUUCUGACGUAUCUAUGUUUGACGUGUGAUACCAACAAUAUAUGAAAAGUCGAAGUCAUUGGUUUGCCUGGGUCAUCCACGUAAGUUAAUAGCUAGAGGUACAAUUCAUCCUCCCGAUCUCUGAUGUACGAAUGCUCGUGCGAUAUUAUUAUGAUACUGUGAUGUAGGUAUAAUACAGCAGAAGGCCCGUUCUAUCGUCGUUAAUCAUAAUGCAUACGGAGGUGCUCUAUAUUUUUGCUGCUGCCAACAUCCGCCGUCGUAGACAUGCUGGCUUGAAGUCACCGGACACUA